AUGAGUCCUAAUCCAUCCACCAACUCUUCUGCUAAUGCAAGUUUAUCCUCUAACUUUUCUAACAACAACUCAACCAAGUUAAAGUCUUUUAAUGAUUUAAGUUCAACAUCACAGAAAAAUGAAAGGCUAAAAAAAGUUGGAAAGGAAAUAUAUUAUAAUGCAAAAGAAGUAUUACAAAAUUCUAAUAUAACUUCUUUUAAUCUGAAAAAAAUUACUUUAGAAAUUGAUAAUAUAGAUUAUGAGAUAGAUUUUAUGAAUUCCAACAUUACUGAUAGUAACUUAAUAUUAAGGCAAGAUGCUGUUGUGCGUUCAUGUGAUGAAGCAAUGAUUUCUAGGGAUGCAUAUAGAUCACUUUCAAAAAAUUACCCAGAUUUAGAAAGGUAUUAUAAAAUAGAAUAUAGGCGUCAAGUAAUCCAAAACAUCAUCAAUAACUUAGUUCCAAUUAAUAUAUUUAAUAUCAAUGAUAAUGAUGAAAAUGUUGAAUCAAGUGAUGGAGCCUAUCAUUCAAUUAUACACAUAUUAAAUAUUAUAAUUCCUUUAUUAAAAUCUUCAAAAACAUUUAAUUUAUUUAAUUAUACAUUAAAAAUCAAAUUAAGUGGUGAUGGUCAUUUGGUUGGAAAAGUUCAGAGCCAAGUUAUAUUGACAUUCUGUCUACUAAAUGAAAAAUAUUGCUGGUCAUUAUUUAAUGAAGAACUUUCUAAUUUGAAAACAAAUGGAUAUAUUGAUCCAGAAAAUACCUAUUGGAACGUUGAAUUUUUUAUGUCUGCAGAUUGGAAAUUCAUGCAAUUGGUUCGUGGUAUUAAGGCUCCUACAGCUGAGUAUUUUUGUCUUUAUUGCAAUUGUUCUAAAUCACAAAGAGCAAAUAUGGAGCUCCAGUGGAGUAAUGAUUAUAACUCAAAAACUAAAAGUUAUAAUUACUAUUGCCUAUUACCACUUGUUGAUUAUAAAAACUGGAUACCAGAUGAGCUCCAUUUAAUGCUAAGGAUAAGUGAUAUUUUAUUUGAAUCUUUGUUUUAUGAUCUUAAUCGUAACCCAAAAAAAUUUGAAAAAGAAAUUUCUAAUCAAAUAAUUUUAGAAGCCAAAAGAAUUGGAAUUUCUAAAUUUGAAUUUUUUGAUCUAAAAAGUUCAAAAUUUAAAUGGACAGGUUUAAAUGGCACUCAAAAGUUAACAUUUUUAGAAAAUUUUCAGGCUUCUAAAUUUUACAAUGAUGGAAAAGGAAUAAAAAUAGAAAAUCUAUGGAAGGAAUUUAUUAGAUUAUAUAGGUUAAUAAGAAGGUCUCUUUUAAGCGAUCAUGAAAUAGAUAAUUUUCAAAAUGACACAAAACAAUGGAUUCAAAACUUUUCAGAAAUUUAUCGUAAAGAAGAUGUUUCACCAUAUAUGCAUGUGCUCUCCAUGCAUAUACCACAGUUCAUUAGAGAUUUGAAAAGGCAAGAAUUAUCCUUGCUUCUAUUUUCAUCUUCCAGUGUUGAAAAAAAGAACCAUCAUCAUGUUAAAUUAUUUUACGGUAAAACUUGUAUGGGUGGUGGCCAAAAAAAAGAACAAUCAGUAGUUUAUGAUCUCUUAAAUUUUGAAAAUAGACAACUAUAUUAUUUAAAAUACAACAUUCCUCUUUUGUUUAAGAAAAAGAAUAUUAAAAUAGAUUUAAAAUUAGAUUUAUCAGAGGAAUAUCUUAAAAUGAUGGAUAAAAACAUGUCAAGUCCUUCCAAGUGGGCAAAUGAAUGGACUAAAGAUAGUAAGCAGAAGGAUGGACUUCGAUUCCGUAAUCAUCGACCAGCAAAUGCAUCAGAUAUUCCGGUUCAAUUUUACCAUCAGAUAUUUGAAGAAUUUAUCAAACUUAGAAAGGAUUGUCAAGUAUCAAAGAGGGAACAUGAACUUGUACUUGAACUGGCAUCUGUGAUGUCCUGA